CGUAUUGGGAGAGAGUCCGGCGACGCGCGCGCCCCCACCGCCGUGCCCGCGCUCGUUACCUUUCAGUGCGCGCGACAGCCGCCUACCUGACACAGACUGAGAUUCCGAGCGCCGAUUUCCGCGCGGCCGUCCUCGGACCCGGGCUUACAGAGAAGUUCCAGCCUGCUUGUCCCAAUGGGAGCCUGGGUGGCGGCGCUCCUGUCGCUGUGCUCGCUCCUCCACGGCCGAGUUGCCGCACAGAUGUCGCUGGAGGACUGCUGCACAAACGGGCAAGGGCAUGGGGUGGACAAACAGGAGUGUGCGUCUCUCCCCCUCAUCUCCGAAUCCACCAAUUGCAGGAUUGCUCAGGAGCAAUGUUGCAUGGCAGCGCUGGAGGACACGUCCUGUACCCAGGGUAUUAACAUGGCCAAGGACGAAGGGGACUGCAAGUCACUGCUUUCUGGAAGCUCCUGUGAGACCAAGACUGCUAGGAUGUGCUGCGAGUGCUGUCUUCUUGGCCGAGCGCUCCAGGACCAGAAGCUGAGCUGUCACCUGGGUCUGCCUGUGAGCCACCAGUGUGGUCAGGUGUCCCAUGCCUGCUGUUUGGACGGAGCCCCCCAAAAUCUAAACAACACUCCACCAGCCACCGACACCGAGAAGAAGCAGGACGAUGAAUCGGACGAGCAGUGCAGAGCGGCCGGCAAAUGCUCUCAGCGCUGUCUGGGAAACGGCACCUGUGGCUGCUUGAAGGGCUACAAAUUAAAGCCGGACGGCCACAGCUGCGAAGACAUUAACGAAUGCCUGCUCGGCUCCUACAACUGUCGUGCCGGCGAGCGCUGCAUCAACACCGUCGGCUCGUACCGCUGCCAACGUGUGGUCAGCUGCGGCACCGGCUAUGAGCUCACCGAGAGCAACAUCUGUAAAGAUGUCGACGAGUGUGAGACGGGGACGCACAACUGUGGCCCGGAGCUCGAGUGCCAAAACACGCAGGGCUCCUUCCGCUGCCGGCCGCGCGUGCGGUGUGGGUCGGGCUUCAUCCAGGAUGCUCUCGGCAGCUGUAUCGAUAUCAAUGAGUGCCUGAGUCAGACAGCACCCUGCCCCUCUGGCCAGCUGUGUAUCAACACCGUGGGGUCCUACACCUGUCAGAGGAACACCGUCAACUGCGGGAGGGGCUACCACCUCAACGAGGAUGGCACUCGCUGCGUGGAUGUGGAUGAGUGUCAGGGGCCCGACGCGGCCUGCGGGGGCCACGGCUGUAUCAACCAGCUGGGGUCCUACCGCUGCGAGUGUCGCGCAGGCUACGCUUUCAACAGCAUCUCCCGCUCCUGCGACGAUAUCAACGAGUGCCGGCACUAUCCAGGACGUCUCUGCGCACACAAGUGUGAGAACACUGUGGGCUCCUUCCAGUGCAGCUGCACGCCAGGCUUCAAACUGGCCAGUGAUGGACGGAACUGCGACGAUGUAAAUGAAUGUGAGAGCAGCCCCUGCAGCCAGGAAUGUGCCAAUGUGUACGGUUCCUACCAGUGCUACUGUCGCCGCGGUUACCAGCUCAGCGAUGUGGACGGGGUUGUCUGUGAAGACAUAGAUGAGUGUGCCCUUCCCACUGGAGGACACAUCUGCUCCUAUCGCUGCCACAACACCCCUGGUAGCUUCCACUGCACCUGCCCUGAGUUAGGAUACAGUCUGGCACCCAAUGGGAGGAACUGCCAAGACAUCGAUGAGUGCGUUACUGGAACACACAGCUGUUCAGUGACAGAGAGCUGCUUCAACAUACAGGGGGGCUUUCGCUGCCUGUCCUUUGAAUGCCCAACGAACUAUCGUCGUUCUGGGGAAGCCAGCAGGCCCCGGGUUGAACGGUCGGACAUCAUCCGCUGCGUGAAGUCCUGCCAGCCCAAUGACAUCAGCUGCAUCCUGGAUCCGGUCCACUCCGUGUCACACACGGUCAUCUCCAUGGCCACGUUCAGGGAUUUCAGCAAACCAGAAGAGAUUGUGUUUCUGAGGACCAUGCAGCCGGCAUCCUUCUCCAUGGGCGUCCCUGACAUCGUCUUUGACAUCCUGGAGGGCAACGAGCACAACUACUUUGACAUAAUCAAGCGCUACGAGCACGGCAUGACAGUGGGUGUUGUCCGCCAGGUGAAGCCCAUCAUCGGCCCCCUGCAUGUUGUGCUGAAGCUGGCGAUGAACUAUGUCACUUCUGGUGUCGUCUCUCAUCGCAACAUCGUCAACGUCCACGUCUUUGUCUCGGAGUUCUGGUUUUGAAUGAAGAUCCCACACCACGCUCCCUCUGCCCCCUCCCCCCCCCGCAAUCUCACCAUUCCACCAGGCCUCUCUUCAUAGCUAUGUGGAAGUGAAGAAUGUUUCAGGGAAAACGAAUGAGACUUUGCUUUGUACAUCGCCUUAUAGCCAAGUGCCACUCGUACUGAGGAGUCUCCAUUGACAUGACAGCAGUGCUUGUCCACUAGAGUGUGAGGAGACUCCUCUCUUGCUUCUUACUCUAUGAAUCAACAGUACAGCUUCAUGAUUCUGCAUUGCAAGCUAUUGCUCCUCAUGUCCUCAUUGCAUGUUACUGCAAUGCAAGUCUAUGAAAUGAGUUUAACAAAUGGCUUGGGAAGCAAAUUUAGGAAAAUAUCCUUUAUGCAAGAAAGCUUCCAUGUUUUUUUUUUUUUUUUUUUUGUAGAAUGCGGUGUGAACUGAUGUUGCAGCUGGUGAGACGCAGAAAAGGACAAGGGCUGCAAGUGUGUAAACUUCUGAAUGAAU